UUGCAUAAUUUCCGGGUCAGGAGUGAUUAUGCAGCAUGCAUCAUAGUGUUCGCGUGUUUGGCUCUGAUUGUUGUCAACAUGGCCUCCGUUUCGGCAAAUGCACUCUACUCGCCGUUAUCUCCUCUCUUCUUUGUAGUAGCGGCAGCCUCUUCCGCUUGUGUCUGCACGGUCUUGUAUCGUCUAUCACCACUGCAUCCACUGGCGAGCUACCCUGGGCCCCGUAUAUGGUGGAUCAGCAAUCUUAAGCUGGUCCAUGUCUCACUCACUGGACGCCGCCACCUAGUCAUCGACGAACUACACGCAAAAUACGGGCCUUACGUUCGGAUAGGUCCGAACUCAGUAUCUAUCAACUCUCCCUCAGCCACAGUUAUCUACGGCGCGAAUCUUCACAUGGAAAAGAGCGACUCGUACAGUACGCCUGGCCAUAUCAAAUCUGUAUCUUUGUUCUUCAAGCAGGCGUCGAGGGAGACGCAUAGCGACCGGAAGAAAAUCUGGUCUAGGGCCUUUACAGGGAACGCUGUGGCACAGUACAUGCCCUUGUUAGAACGUCGAACGUGGCAAUUGACGACAUGCCUCGAAAGCCGGCAAGCAAGGAGUCCCACUGGUACGGUCAAUCUUCAUGAAGCGCUCUGCCAUUGGGCAUAUGAUCUUAUGGGAGAUGUUGUCUUCGGAGGCUGCAAUAGUCUCGAGCUGAUGAAGAACGGAGAUCCUCGGGAGCUGGUGGAGGGUGGGAAGGAGGCCACCAUUCUCGUCGAUAGCCUGGGACAAGCACCGUGGUUGAUGGACAUAUUGUGGCACCUGCCUGCGGGUGGCGCAAUGCUUCGCCUGCGAGAUGUCGCCGCAGAAUUGAUGCGUAAGCGUGUGGUUUCCACACGAACGACUGAGAUACGUGACUUGACAUCUUACCUCCUCGAGGGUGAUGCCACUGGGGAGCCGAUUCCUCACAGGGAUCUUGAGGUCGAAGCGGUGGUAGCCAUGCAAGGAGGUAAGAUGUGCUCACUACAUCUUCCACUUGACGCUCACUACUCGGCAUCAUGUUAUAGGUUCUGA